CACAGCUUAAGACGUUAUGGAUGUAUAUGGACACAUAUUAAUUAAAUCUGGAUUAAACUAACGCUUGUCAGGUAUGAGUUCCAGGUGUCCAUGAUCUUCUCGGCGACAAAUGGCACAACCAACCACAAUCAAAUGGUUCAAGCCAUCUUAUGCCUAUGGUUUUCUACUCUUAACGCUAUUUGGAUUUAUGUUUUACCUUUUGGACUUGAAUCGUUACUCGCCUGGUACUUCCAUUUACACGUUCCACCAAGAGGAAAGGGCCAAUGUGUCUGGAAUUCCUCACCUUUUGCCAACAGUGUACCCAAUAUUGUUGCAACGAGAUUCUUCCGUUAUUCAGGACAGGAGGGUAAAAGAGCUUAACUGCGCUGCAAUAUUUGAUGGCGAUGACAAUGAAACUGCGCUAGCUGAGCGCCUUGCUUCUACAGAUAAUCGGACUUUUUUACAACCAGUUGAUUACAUGAACAUGACUUCAAAUUGUCCGAAGUUUAUUCUGGAUAGAGGAUACAUUACUGAUCCAUUUGACGAACUGGAAAAUGAUUUUCCGAUUGCUUUUAGUAUACUCAUGUUUGUUGCAAUAGAACAGGCCGAACGAUUACUUCGUGCAAUAUAUCGUCCACAAAACUUUUACUGUAUUCAUAUAGACGCAAAAAGUGGUAAUGACUUGUAUGACGCAAUGUCACGCGUGGCCGCCUGCUUUGACAACGUACACGUGCUUGGUGAACGCGUGGAUGUACAAUGGGGCCAAAUGUCUGUGCUUGAACCGGAACUACUUUGUAUGGAAUAUUUGUGGAACCGUAGCGCCAAAUGGAAAUAUUUUAUCAACUUGACCGGUCAGGAAUUUCCGUUAAAAACAAACUACGAAUUAGUACGUAUUCUGCAGGCUUACAACGGUUCAAAUGACAUCGAAGGGACGAUUAAAAGAGCCAACACAUAUCGAUGGGCCGAUGCAGGACCUCCACCACACGGCGUUAUUCCAACAAAGGGUUCUGUUCAUAUAAUAGCAAGUCGGGGCUAUGUGGAUUUCGUGCUUCACGACCCGAUUGCCACUGACAUACUUAACUGGACUCAAAAGACGGCGGUUCCUGACGAGACUUUCUUCUCGACGCUCAAUCAUAAUCCGUCUUUAGGAGUACCGGGAUCGUACAAAGGUAUACCGGAAACAGAAGCAAUCAAUUUCACCAGCAGUGGCCUAAAGCCGUUCGUUGCUCGUUUCAAAAACUGGGGCGACGGCAACUAUAAUUGGCCCUGCCACGGGAUGCGUGUUCGUAUGGUUUGUGUAUUUGGCGUUGGGGACCUUCCUGCAUUGUCACAGCGAAGAGAAGUCUUUGCCAACAAGUUUUAUGACACGUUUCAUCCAUACACUUUGGACUGCAUGGAAGAAUGGCAUUUCAACCAAACACGCGACCAAUACCUUGGCCUUCCUGGAUUUGAUGUUCGUUGGUACGAAGAACUUGGCUUUGUGAAAAAUAAGGUGCAGUGACACCGACACCCAAAGAUUUCAUACCUACAGGCAUACCGGAGACAGACAGAGAAAUAAAGCCUUCUCCUUGCCCGCCACAAGAACUGGAAAGCGGAUGCGCGUCGUUCUCUUCAACGGAGCCCGCGACCUCCCUCCAUUGAAGGACACUCAACAACUGUUCGUGAAAAAGUUUCAUCAGAAAUUCCAUCCCCUGGCAUACGACUGCCUCGAGGAGUUGCUGUUCAAUAGAACCUGGGAAGGCCACCUUGGACAAACCUUUAAUACUAACUUUGGCUUUGUGAAAAAUAAAGAUGGCCGCUUACAUAAUGUGUGCUUUUGUGUUAAAUUCAUAGUUGUACAGUGCAUAAGCUCGAUUGAUGAAGUUUUAAACAUUUAAAUAUUAUUAAUAACACUAUUUCAUCGUUAUGAUGUAUUUAGUUUUUUUCUUAAGACAGCAUUGAGGAUCUCUCCAUGAGUGCCUGGUAUGUAUCCAUUGAUCCUAAAGUCGUUUGACACAAAUAUAGUUACAUGAUUGCUUGCUGUGCUUGUCCCUUUAGUUUCACUUGUGUAUCAUUUCUAAUAUUCAAUCAAAAUUUGACAAUUAACAGCGGUUAUCUGUGUUAAAUCUGGUCAGGCAUCUAAAGGGUAAACAUUAGCACAUCGGCAUUCAAAUGUUGAUGUGUUAGUAUUUUUCAGUUUUAAGACAUAAAUGUUUAAAUAUUUUUCCAGCAAAGCUGCACAGUUUGUUAGAUAUUGGUUAAAAGGGUUAACGGAAGUGUAUACCUUAAACAUAACAAA